GCCUCUUUCGCUCAGUCCGGGCGGGCUGCCAAGAGGGCGGCGCGCCUUCAGCCCAGCCCGCUGCUCUGGCUCAGGCCGCCCCGCCUUUCUCCUUUCCCCGCGGCUCUCGGAGAGGGGAAGGCGGGCUCUCUGGUCGCGGGAGCCCCGGGGCUGCUUUCCUCCUCCUGGAGAUUAUUCCAUAUUAUCUGCAGGAAAGGAGGAAUGCAGCAGCAGCAGCAGCGACGGACUUCUGGGGAGAUGAAUGCGGAGAAGGAGGGUGUGUUGCUGGAGCUGGAGGAAGAUGACGAGGAAGAAGAGGGGGAGGAAGAAGAAGAUGGGGAGAUGGUCUUGGAAGAAGUGGAACAAGAUGUCUUUCAGAGCUAUGGAACAAUGCCCGGCCAGCAACCACUGCAUAAGCCAGAAUGGGCAGAGUUUAAUCUGAAACCUGACUCCCUCUACUUUAAUGAUGGCCAAAGAAGAAUCGACUUUGUUUUAGCAUAUGAAGAUGAGAGCAAAAAGCAACAUAAGAGGAGCUUUCAGAAGAAGCAAAUGAGGAAGAGGCUAGCAUAUGAAUCUAACUUGAUAAACUGCGGUUUGCAGCUUGAAGCAACAAGUUCGGUUGGGGAUGAAAAGCUUAUAUUUGUAAAAGUGCACGCACCUUGGGAACUGCUGUGCAGCUUCGCUGAAAUUAUGCACAUCAAAUUGCCCCUGCAACCCAAUGACCUGAAAACCCGUGACUCACCAUUUAAGUGGAUUAGCAGAUUCUUCAGUGUGGAUGAAAAUAUCAUCAAACCAGAGCAGGAGUUUUUCACUGCACCAUUUGAAAUUGACCGUUUGUCAGACUUUUACAUACAGGACAAAGAAACUUUCUUCAAUCCAGCAACCAGGAGCCGGAUAGUUCACUUUAUUCUUUGCCGUGGGGAAUAUGCUAUAAGAGACAACGUGAGAAAGUUUGGAAUCAAUAAGCUGCUGGACUCUGGGAUCUACAAAGCAGCUUUUCCACUCCAUGAUUCAAGAUUCAACUACCAGUCAGAGGAUCCCAACUGUCCAAAUGAACGGUAUCUGCUGUACAGAGAAUGGGCUCAUCCUCGAAAUAUUUUCAAGUUACAGCCCUUAGAUCUUGUCAGGAAAUAUUAUGGGGAGAAAAUUGGAAUCUAUUUUGCCUGGCUAGGAUUCUAUACUCAGAUGUUACUCCUGGCAGCAGUUGUUGGACUCGGGUGCUUUUUGUAUGGCUAUUUCAUGAAGGACAACUGCACUUGGAGCCAAGAAGUCUGUGACCCGAACAUAGGAGGUAAAAUCAUCAUGUGCCCCCAAUGUGAUCAAGAAUGUACAUACUGGAACCUCACAAUCACCUGUGAAUCGUCCAAGGUAACAACAACAUUUACUCUAGCGGAUUAUGGAAAGAAAUUCUUUCUUGAUCCCCUUUCUUCACAGCAAGAAGAGCAUAUCCCCUACACAGCUUGUGGAAAGUGCGUGAGGAUGACCUUCUGCACGAGCGCUGUCUUAUUCUGGAUCCUGCUCAUUAUCGCCUCGGUUAUUGGCAUAAUUGUUUACAGGCUGUCUGUUUUCCUGGUGUUUUCCGCAACGCUCCCAAGGCAUAUCAAUGGCACCGAAGCCAUCCAGAAGUACUUGACUCCGCAAGCAGCAACUUCAGUUUCUGCUUCCAUCAUAAGCUUCAUCAUCAUUAUGAUUCUGAACAUGAUCUAUGAGAAAGUAGCAAUCAUGAUUACUGACUUUGAACUACCAAGGACGCAGACCGAUUAUGAAAACAGCCUCACCAUGAAGAUGUUCUUGUUCCAAUUUGUCAACUAUUAUUCUUCCUGUUUCUACAUUGCAUUCUUUAAGGGUAAAUUUGUAGGUUACCCUGGCGACCCUGUUUAUUGGCUGGGGAAAUACAGAAAUGAAGAGUGUGAUCCAGGUGGAUGUCUCCUUGAACUUACAACACAACUGACAAUAAUAAUGGGAGGCAAAGCAAUCUGGAAUAAUAUACAAGAAGUGCUUCUUCCGUGGCUUAAGAACCUGAUUGGAAGAUUUUGUUCAGCUUCACGGUCUGAGAAAGUUGUCCCUCGCUGGGAACAGGACUACCACCUGCAACCCAUUGGCAAACUUGGAUUGUUUUAUGAGUAUCUUGAAAUGGUUAUACAGUUUGGAUUUGUCACUUUGUUUGUGGCCUCGUUCCCACUGGCUCCCCUUCUGGCACUUAUGAACAAUUUACUGGAAAUACGUAUAGACGCCUGGAAGAUUACCACACAGUUCAGGCGCAUAGUUCCUCAGAAAGCUCAGGACAUAGGAGCAUGGCAGCCCAUCAUGCAAGGAAUAGCUCUUCUUGCUGUGGUGACCAAUGCAAUGAUAAUUGCUUUUACGUCCGAUAUGAUUCCACGCCUGGUGUAUUACUGGUCAUUUUCCGUUCCUCCCUAUGGAAGUCAGAGCACUUACUCCAUGAAGGGGUACAUAAACAACACACUUUCCGUCUUUGCUGUGUCAGACUUCAGAAACGAAAGCAAGCCAGCCGCUCUUCCCAUGUUUGCCAACCAGACAACAUGCAGGUACCGGGAUUUCCGAUACCCCCCUGGGCACGAACAUCAAUAUGAACACAAUAUCUAUUACUGGCAUGUUAUUGCAGCCAAGCUCUCAUUCAUCAUUGUCAUGGAGCAUAUCAUCUACUUGGUGACAUUUGCUAUUUCACACAUAAUUCCCGAUGUGUCAAAGAAAACCAAAAGCAAAAUUAAACGGGAGAAGUAUCUAAUACAGACACUCCUGCAUGAGAAUCCUGUGAAAGCUAUGAAGAAAAAUAUGGGGAGCAUCGCCGACAAAAUAUUAAAAGGCGCAGAUGGGACUUUCCGGCCUAAAACUGAAUAGAGACAUGACAGCCUGACAGUGCCUAACCAGUGGUGUGUGAAUCUUUCUACCAAAACAAACAAACAAAGGGAUCGGACCAAAGACUUGGACCAAAGAACAUAAUUGCAAAGGAAGAAGUGAAUGCUCGUAAACAGAAUGGACAAGCAUUUCACCAUGGUUUUUGUUGGCUGUUAUAAAGGGGCUGUCCUAAUCUAGACUUUUGUGGUGUGCCUUCCAGCUGUAUGCCAUUUGAAACCAAACCUCAGAAACCAAACCACUUGUCUUAAGAGGGACACGGCUUAUUCGGACCAGUUUUGAGUACUUUGAUUGCCUUCUCCAGCUUUCUCAAACUGGGUAGAAAUGGACACUGUGGCAAGGAGGGGAAACAGGGCUGCCUACGCUGGCCUCAGCCUCGAGACCCCUCCGCUCAAAUGUACAGUCUGCACAAAAUGAAUUUAAGCAAAAUGACAAUCCAAAGGUAAGGGGGGGAAACCACUCUUGUGUCCCACAAAGCCCUAAGAGAUAUGUAUACUGAAGGGAACGCAGUAAUGUUCAUCCAGGAAUGGCCAGUGCAGUGGGGCAGCGACAUGCCCCAGCUCCCCUGACAGCAGUGUUGCUGCUGCUCAAUGGGGCAGGUCUGGGGCUGGGUGGCAGUGAAGGCAGCAGUAGAGCAAAUCCAGUGUCUCCUUCUGACUGCCAUGCUGCCCCAUCCCAUUAAGGAGCAGCUGAACCACUGCUGUACAAGCAGCCACCUGGCCUUGCUUCCCUGCACUGGCUGCUCUUGCAUUCAGCAUAAUAUGAAGGGAUUUGCAUCCCAGUCAGAGCCGUACUGCCACUGGCACCUCUGCUGAUUAGAAGAGCCACAGAAGAGAGGACACUUCAGACCUGCCUCCGUUUUUGCUCUGUGCUCUUCUGAUUUCCCACCUCUCAUUUCAACCUGAAUGUCCCUAGAAGUCUCUGGCAAGUAGUUCACAGUGCUAGCAGACAUUACUCUUUUGCUUCAUGGAUCUAUAGCCAUUCCUGUUUCACUGGAGUCCCAAGCUCAUGUUGAUUUCUGGAGAAUGUUUGAGUGUUCAGCUGCCAUCUUAGCUUCAAAAUGCAGAGUGGAAGAUCUUGCACUGGUUUGUAGUUCAGACUAUGGACUUGUCAGGCCUGAUCAAUGUAAUGCAUUACAAAAGGCACCACCGAGAAAUAUUAAAUGGGAUGGAGAAAGCCUUUUCAGUCAUUCAGAAUGUUGAACUAAUAUUCAAGUCCCAACUUCCAGACCAGGGGUCAGCAAACUCUUUUAGCAGGGGGCUGGUCCACUGUCCCUCAGACCUUGUGGGGUGCCGGACUAUA